AACUGUCACCUUUCUUUUUCGAUUGUCCGCAAAGCAAGGCUAACAACUAAAAUGUCUGAUGUUGAAGUUGAUGAUGCACCCUCAUUACCUCCAGUACAAUCUGGGGGUCCAAUGGACGUAAACCAAGCUCUUCAAGAAGUCUUGAAAACUGCAUUAAUCCACGAUGGAGUAGUACAUGGUUUACAUGAGGCUGCUAAAGUUUUAGACAAAAGGCAGGCAGUAUUAUGUGUUUUAGCGGAAAAUUGUGAUGAGCCAAUGUAUAAAAAAUUGGUUUCUGCAUUAUGUUCUGAUCACCAAAUUCCCCUUAUUAAAGUAGACAACAAUAAGAAACUAGGAGAAUGGUCGGGUCUAUGUAAAAUCGACAAUACUGGUAAAGCGAGAAAAGUUGUUGGAUGUUCCUGCGUCGUGAUUAAGGAUUACGGAGAAGAUUCACCAGCUCUCGAUGUCCUUAAAGAAUACCUUAAGAAUGCUAAGUAAAAAAAUAGGGUUUUUUUAAUUAAAAAAGUGAUAAAAUCGG